ACGCAAGAUCACGUUUCCCGUUGCUAUGCCAACGCAGAAACAGGCUGAAACAUUAAAGGAGGAUUCCCAAAAGCUGAAGCAGCAGAACCAGAACCAGAACCGGGACCGGAGACGAUGUCCGGGUCCGGGGAGCCGGUCCUGCUGGAGCUCAACAUGCGGAGGGAGAGCUGGUGCCGGGUGGAGGCGGACCCGCGGGGGUCCUGGCAGAGGAGCGAGCGGAGGCACUACCGGAACCACCUGAGGACCGGCGCCGUGCUGCUGAGCGCUCUGACCGGCAGACAGCAGCGCGGGGCGGCCUGCACCGAGCUGCGGCCCCCGGUGAAACUCCCGGAGAGGAAACACUUUGAGCAGAGCUACACGACUCACCUGGUGUAAAAACACGGCGAGGCGAUACAAGCUGGAGCGAACAGAACCGGAACUUCCACUUUUCAGAAAGGCUGUGGCAGCAAUAAAAGCUCCCCACCAUGACUUUAUUCCGCCUGCAGCGUUCCUCUGUGUUUGUUUUCUGACGGCAUAAUCUCACGUCCUGUUGGAGCUUUAAACACGCCGCAGAGAUGAUGUGAAGAUUAUCACGUUGUCUCUGGAUGAUUCAGGCAUCCUGGUUCCUCCAUGGAGCUUCUAGCUUUCAGCAAAUAAAACGUCAGAAUAAAGAUCUAAAGUUCAAC